AUACAAAUUUUUUGAAAUGCGCCAUGAAUUGAUAACGUCAGAGUUGCCAAUCCUAUAUGUAUCUCAGCUGUACUGUAUCAACUGUUUUCUGUUUGUUUUCAUUGUCAAUUCCGCAUCAAAUGUUUUUAUUUGUGAAUGUCGUUUGGUGACUCACACGCGUCAUAAUUUUCAACCAAAAGUUAGAUUAACUUAAAAAUGUUUAACAAUUUAUUUGGCAAAAAACCAACUGUUAAAGAACAGCAAAGGGAAAAUGACAAAAACCUACGAAAAGCCAAUCGGGACAUAGAGCGUGAGCGCCGAAAACUAGAAGAGGAGGAACGCAAGCUGCAGCAAGAAAUAAAAAAGGCUGCGGCACAAGGCAAUAAUGAUGUAUGCCGCAUAUUGGCGAAACAACUUGUGGAAAUAAGGAAACAAAAGUCUCGAACAUUUGCAGCUACCAGUAAAAUUACAUCCAUUGGUUAUCAAAAUAAAAAUAUAGGAACAAAUAUAGUACUAGCUGAUGCAAUGGGAACCACUGCCAAAACAAUGGGUGAUAUGAACAAAGUGAUGCGGCCGGAAAGUAUUGCUGCAAAUCUUCGAGAUUUCCAAAAAGCAAAUAUGCAUAUGGAAAUGACAGAUGAGAUGAUAAACGAUACGUUAGAUGACAUGCUGAACGAGUCGGGCGAUGAAGAAGAAAGUGAUGCCAUUGUUAAUAAGGUUUUGGAUGAAAUUGGUAUUGAGAUAUCAGGUAAAAUGGCGAACAUUCCGUCCACCGGCUCCGGAGAUUUGGAAAAAAGUGCACGUAGCGAAAAGGAUAUUGAAGCUCAAUUGGCUAAAUUGCGCUCCACUUAGUUAUUUCUGUAGCACUAUAAAAUAAGUUAGUUUUUAUAAAUGUAACCCUUAUGAUCAUGUGGAUUUUAAAUAAAAUGCUAUUGCUUAAGA